AUGAUUGUAGCAUUUGCUCAGAACGGGCAUUUGCUACAAGCUCAGAAAAUCUUCGACACUAUGCCAGAUCGAAGCAUCGUUUCCUGGACGGCGAUGUUGGCAUGCUACUCACAGCUGGGGAGGAUCAACCAAGCUAAAGAGAUCUUUGAAGAGAUGCCAGAGAGGAAUCGCGUGGCUUGGAACACCAUGCUUGCGGCAAACGCCCAGGAAGGGGAUGUAGAGAGUGUGGAGCUCCUUCUCUCGCGAAUGCCCGAGUGGGAUCUAGUCUCCUGGACAGCGCUGGUCGUGGCGCUAGCGCACAGAGGCGAGCUUGAUCACGCCAGGAUCGUUUCCAAGCGCGUGAGCGACCUCGAUCUCCGCCUCUCCAACGCGAUCAUGGCAGCAAGCGCGCUCGAUCACAGCAAGCGCGUCUUCCAAUCGAUGCUCUACCGUGACAUCUCGUCCUGGAACUCGAUGCUGAGCGCCUACGCGCGCUCGGGCCGCAUCGACGAGGCGCGCUGGAUCUUCGAUUCCAUGCCGCAGCACGACGUCGUCUCGUGGAACGCGCUCCUCGCAGCGUACGCCCAGGCUGGUGAUCUCGAUCACGCCGCGAAGAUCUUCUCGUGGGCGAUGCCGGAGAGAGAUCUCGUCUCCUGGACAGCGAUGGCCGCCGCCUAUGCCCACGCCGGCUUCCCCGACCGCGCGUCCGCGAUCUUCGACGCCAUGCCGGAGAGGAAUCGCGUCUCGUGGGGCGUGGCGCUGGCGGCACAAGCCCAACGCGGCGCCGCCCGCAAGGCGGUGGAGAUCUUCCAGAGGAUGCAAGCCGAGGGGAUUGGGGCGGACGAGAUCUCCUUCGAUUGUUUGCUGCUGGGAUCCAGCCACGCCGGGAGAUUGCGCGAGGGCUGCCACUACUUUCGAUCCAUGGGUUUGGAUUUUGGGAUGGCCCCCAGCAAGCAGCAUUUCCAGUGCGUGGUGAGCUUGCUGGGGCGGGGCGGCCACGCGGACGAGGCGCGGAGCUUGGUCUCGGCCAUGCCGUACGUCCCCGACAUUGUGGACUGCCGGUCGCUGCUGUCGGCGACCGGGGGACAGGGACUUUGCGUUGACGCUUGGAAGUUGGCCAGGACCCAACAUUGA